AUGAGAAUGGCCCUCCGCCGUGAAGUAUUUUGCCCUGGGUCUUGGACCAGGCCUCACAGAAUCGCAUCUCCUUGCGGACCAACAGGUGGCACAUUUCGAUGUGCCGGCGCAAAAUUUGGAAGCCUCACCAAAGCAGUGAAGGACGAGGCCAACCAACGGUUCGAACGACCAGCGUGGUUGCAGCGUGUGGCGGAGCCCUUUGAUGCCAUAGAUCUCUCUGCACGGAGCCGGCUGCAGGAGAUGUCCAAGCGCCGCGAUCGUCUGACACGGCAGCUGCAUGCACUCCAGGCAGCCCAGGCUGCAGAUCCCGAGUCCAACAUCUCGGUGGAGUUGGAAGAGAUGCAAGCGCGUCUGGAAGUGGCAGAACAGCGGCUGCGAGAUCAUCGGGAGUUGAUAAAGCAGAGAUCUGCCGCUCGCUGGGAGCGCCAAGAGAGCGGCAGCGAAAAAGAGCCCUUCCACCGCCGAGUCGGCUGUCGGUCUUGA